AUGUCCAACAACACCGCCAUCAAGAAUGUCAUCCUCGUCGGGGCUGCCGGUAACGUCGGCGCUGGCCUCGUUGCGCCGCUCGCCUCCGUCUACAACAUAACCAUCCUCACCCGCGAAUCCAGCACCUCCACUUUCCCCGAAGGCAUCAAAGUCAUCCGCGCAGCGUACACCGUCGACGGCCUCACGGAAGCCUUCAGGGGCCAAGACGCCGUCGUUUCUGCCGUUGGUGGUGGUGGUCUAGUGCAGCAGACGGUCCUGAUCGACGCGGCCGUCCAGGCCGGCGUCAAGCGCUUCCUGCCCAGCGAGCUCAGCAUGAGCAGCACGACGGCCGCGUUCAGGGAGUUGGUGCCGGUGUUUCAGUGGAAGUGGGAGGUGCUCGAGUACCUGAAGGCGAAGGAGAAGGAGGGCCUGAGCUGGACGGGGAUAGCGACGGGGCCGUUCAUUGACUGGGGUCUCAAUGCAGGCUUCCUUGGUUUCGACAUCCCGAAUCAGAAAGCGAAGAUCUGGGACGGCGGAAAGGGUGUCUUCUCGGCCAUCACCGUCGCUGACAUGGGUAAAGCGGUCGUUGGGGCCUUGAAGAACCCGGAGGCGACGAAGAAUAAGUACAUCUUUGCCUACUCCGUCACGACCUCGCAGACGGAGAUUCUGGCCGAGCUCGAGAAGGCCACGGCGCAAAAGUGGCAAGUUGAAAGUGUCACGUCGGCCGACGAUAUCGAAGAAGGGCGCAAGCUGGUUGCGGCGGGUGAUUUUGUUGGCAUGUAUAAGCUCGUUCAGGCUGCUACCUUCGGUGGCUUGCCCGGGCUGGGGCAGAACUUUGAGCGCGACGAGAAGGAUGGGGUAGCGAACGAUGUUUUGGGUAUCAAGCCGACGAGUAUUGAGGAUAUCGUCGCGGAAGUGAUUGGUUCUACAGAAAGGCGUGAAUAA